CGCCUCGUAUUGUCACGUCACGUCACGUCACGCGACACAGCCGAGAAAGCCGAGCGAGAAAAAGGAAAACAAAACAUCAACAACUCAGCAGUUGCCUUUUGACAGAGAGCAGCAGCAGCACUCCGCGGACAUGUCCGAAGCUUUGCCAACCCUCCUCGCGGAUGACAUGGAGUCGGAGAGGCUAUGAAUUCCUGUGAGCAUGGAGAAAAUUCAAGCGAAGCGAUGCUUGAGAAAGAACAUCAGCACGUCCAGGAUGUUAAAGAGGAGGAAGAAGAUUUUGCUGUUUGCGAGCCUUCUCAAGCACAUGAAGGAGGAUCUUCUGAAGCCUCGGAGGCCAAUAAAAGGUCACGUGCCGAAGUCAGCCCUGAAACACGUCAGUCCACCCGUAACAAGAGGGCCAGAGUCUGUUCUGAGGUGAGGCAGCGUCUGACAGAUGAGAGCCACAGACACGAGCCCAUCUGCCUCGCGACGGCCGGAGAAAAGGCGCACCGCAUCCCGGAGGGGUCCAGGCUCUCCUACAGGAAGCCCCUUUUCAGCAUCUCCCACAGGAUCUCCGACAAGAGGAACGCGCCGUGUCCGGAUCAGCAGGCCGACCACGGCGGCUUGAGUCCGCUCAGCUUCAGCGGCGUCCUCCAAAGCCAGGAGCUCAACGGCCAGGCUGACAUCUUCGGCGCCGCAGAUUCUCCGGAUCAGACCUCAGCAGCGGAGUCCAACCUUUACCCGCUGGUGGAGAAAAUGUUUUUCAUCCUCAACACGCUGAACUCGACCAUGACUCAGCUGCACAGUAAAGUGGACCUGUUGACCCUGGAAGUCAUGCGGAUAAAGAAGCAGAUGAAGCCCGCCGAGAGGACGGCCGACUUCCAGCCUCCGCCCGAGUAUCUCCUCACCAACGAUGAGCUGGGUCAGCUGACGGAGCACACGUCCAGCGCCGGCGAGCUCGGCUGCCGGCUGCUCGUCCACCUUUUCCCGGAGCUCUUCAAAGCCAAGGAGUGCCCCCACGACUGCACGGCGAGCAGGAGGACGCUGGAGCCUCUGCACCUGGAGCUGAUCCGGAACUACGUGGAGGUCUGCUACCCGGCGGUGAAAAACAACGGCGUGUGGCAGGAGGAGUGCCUCCUUCAGAUCAACGACUUCUUUAACCGCUUCUGGGCACAGAGGGACAUGGAGAGCGCCCGGCUCGUCAGGAAGCAGGUCGUCACCGGCGACGGGGUGAAAGCGGAGCGUCCCCAGACGUAUCGCUUCAUCGACGAGCAGGGGCACGAGGAGAACGUGUCCCCGGAGGACCAGCGGGGCAGCCUGCCGGCGUCGGACGACGGGUUUAACGGCCAAGCCGCAGGAGAGCUGGACGACUGCUCCUCGCCCGAGGAUUUUGCGAUUUUCCUCAUGCACCGUCUCUUCCCGGAGGUUUUCGAAGAGGGGAAGACGCCCGAAGUCGCCAGCGGCUACGGCAACGUGGGCCAGCUCGUGCUGGACUCCGACAAGAUGGAGGUCCUGAGGAAAUACAUGGAAGCGAAUUUCCCCGACGUGCCCGAGGACAGCUGGCUCCAGCUGUGCAUCCAGCACGUGGAAGACACGCUGGAGGGGCCGCACAGCAACGGCAACGAAUCCGACAACGUCAACUACGAGGGCUACGACCUGGCCGGCUUCCAGGAGGACGUUCCCGCGGUCAGGUUUCCGGAGGCCGGCGAAUACGAAAGGCCCUGUCGCAAGUCCAAGAAGUCGCUGCUCGCGCCUGUGGAUUUCGACCAUCUGCAGAUUCCUGCCCCCGACUUCGGCGUUCCCCAGGAGUACAUCCUGUCCAGGGAGCAGCUGAAGAGCAACUAUGAAUGUAGCUUGUCCAUCGGAAACUUUGCCUCGCGGCUUCUGGUGCUCAUGUUCCCCGAGCUCUUCACCCACGAGAACGCCAGAAAGCAGUACAACUGCAGCGGCUCUCUCGGCAAGAAGCGGCUGGACCCCGUGCGCGUCAACCUGAUCCGCCAUUACGUGCAGCUGGUCUACCCGAGAGCCCGGAACGACCGGGUGUGGAUGCUCGAGUUCGUGGGCAAGCUGGACGAGAGGUGCAGACGGCGCGACACGGAGCAGAGGAGGUCCUACCUGCAGCAGCGUAAGGUCGGCGGCCAAGAGGCGGAGCAGGAGUUUCUCUGCCAGGUCAACCACACGGACAACACCAGGGAGGAUUCCGACGUUCCCUCUUUACCUCCCGAGAAAAGCAGCAAAGACUUCUGCAAGAUCCCCCUGGACAAGCUCACCAUUUCCCAACCCGACUUCCCGGUGCAGUCGGCCCACCUGCUGUCGGACUCGGAGGUGCGGGAGAUCGUCCAGCAGAGCCUCUCCGUGGGGAACUUCGCCGCCCGCCUCCUGGUGCGCCUCUUCCCGGAGCUCUUCACGCCGGAGAACCUGCGGCUCCAGUACAACCACUCGGGCGCCUGCAACAAGAAGCAGCUGGACCCCGUCCGGCUGAGGCUCAUCCGCCACUACGUGGAGGCCGUGUACCCCGUGGAGAAGAUGGAGGAGGUGUGGCACUACGAGUGCGUGCCGAGCAUCGACGAGCGCUGCCGGCGGCCCAACCGCAAGAAGUGCGACAUUCUUAAAAAGGCCAAGAGGUCGAACACCGUGUCGUAGUUGCAGUAUUUUACAUUUAGCGUUCCGUAAAUGAGAUAAUUGCUCAGUUAUACAAGCUGAAUCGACAUUCUUCAAGCUCCUGUUGCCUCUCCGGCAGCAGAUGUUUUAGGCUCUUUAGUUUUAUUUUCUAAUGUGUUGAAAUGUUGGGACUGUUCUCGUUCAUGAGUCAGAGCCGUCAUAGCUUGUCUAACGCAUUUCUUUAAUAAACGUAGCCUUAAAACCCACCUUGUAACCACAACAGUAGCUGCAGUUAAGAGUCACACAAUUUGUCAAUUAACAGUAAUUACUAAUGUAGCGUUGUGCCACCAGUUUUAAUAAUAAAGUACUUACAGGUAGGUCCAUGACUAUUUGCACAAGAACGUUUUUAAGCUUCUUUUUUUUUUCUGUACAUCACAAAGAAUCUGUUUAUGUCCAAGAUUGUUUUGUAAUAAAUUGUAUCAAAACAGUAUUUAUGCUUGUACACUAACCAGACCCUUUAUUACUCAUGGCUGCUAUUUGGUUGGAUUACCUUUUGCCUUCAGACAUGGCUUAAUUCUUUGUGCCGUAGAUGUAAUAAGGUGCUGCGGACAACCAUCCUGAGAUUCUGGUUCUUAUUUUGCCUUAUAGGCUCAAGCAGUUUUCUGUUGUACAUCCACAUACCAUUAAAAAAAUCAUAUCAC